GACGGUCGUGCGCCGUUUUACUCCUCCACACUCCUUCUUCCACCUCCGCCUCCAACCAACACCCAACCCAAUCGACUCUUCCCCAUUGCCCCGCCCUUCCUCAUCGCCGAAACCCUAAACCCUUCGAGGCCCCGCGCCAUGCGGUCCCUCGCGAAGGCCCGGCCGCCGAAGCCCCUCUGCCCCCUCGCCGCCUUCGUCCAGUCCAUGGGGUACGUGGACGUGAAGAUGCGGUGGAAGAAGGACGCGUCCUUCGACGGCGUCCCGGUGCUCGCGCACGCGCGGGACCUGCGCCCGCUCGCCGCCCUCGCGCGGCUCCUCUCCCCGUCGCCGACCCCCGUCUCCGCGGUCUCCAAGCUCCGCCGCUCGCUCGAGACCUCCGACCGCCGCGUCGCCGCCUUCCUGCGCCGCUUCCCCGCGGCCUUCGUCGAGUCCGUCGGGCCCGAGCACCACCACCCCUGGUUCCGCCUGUCCGCCCCCGCCGCGCGCCUCCUGCAGGAGGAGCGGGACGUCUUCGCCGCCCGCCGCGCCGACAUCGCCUCCCGCCUCCGCCGCCUCCUCCUCAUGUCCCCGGCCCGCCGCCUCCCGCUCAGCGUCGCGCAGGGCAUGCUCUGGCACCUCGGCCUCCCGGAGGACUACUUCAGGCGCCCGGAAUUCGACAUCGGGCAAGAUGGGUUCAGGAUUCUAACCACCGCCGGAGAUGGCGCAUACCACAAGGACGAGAACGACGGCAAGGAGCUGGGGCUCAUCGAUGAUGUCCAAGACCAAGAAAUGCCGCUGUCAGUGCUUCAAACGAACGCCAUACGGAGGUUCGGGUCGGCAGACGAGGUGCCCAUCCCAUUAUUCCCCUCAAAGGGUCUCCGGCUGAAGCACAAGAUUGGGGACUGGCUGGAGAGGUUCCAGAAGCUGCCUUACGUCUCUCCGUAUGAGGAUUUCAGCAACAUUCAACCGGGUACCGAUGUUUCGCAGAAGCGGGUGGCUGGGGUGCUCCAUGAGCUGUUCAGUCUGUUCGUGACAUGCUCCGCCGAGCGGCGGCGGCUGCUUUGUCUCAGGACGCACCUGGGGCUGCCACAGAAGUUUGACCGAGGGAUCGAGCGGCACCCGCAUAUAUUCUACUUGCUGUUGAAGGAGAAGACGUGCUUUGUUGUCCUCAAAGAGGCUUACAUGGCUGGGGGAGACACAGCAAUUGAGGAGCACCCCAUGCUGGCAGUGCGGAGCAAGUAUGCCGGAUUGAUGGAGGAGUCUCGGGAGAUCAUAAAGCGUCGUCGAAGUGGGAAGCCUGUACAACUGGAUCCUGAGGAUCAAGAGGAGAGUGAGGAUUGGAAGGAUGCCAAUUCAAUAGGAACUCAUUAUUUUUGACUGAUCACAAAAUGAGAAAAUGGGCAAUAUUGAAUUUUGCAACGAGAAUAAGGGAUUCUUUUUUCAUUGGAAGCAGCAUAUUUGCAUGCAAAAUAGAGGAGUAAUGCGCAUAUGUGAAGAGAAGUGGAAGGUAACAACAGAAGUGGCCAACUGGCACUCUUUAUUGGGAAAAUCAUUUUAGGAAAGCGCUGCUACAUCUAACACCGAUAAAAUGUGAGAUCUCCUUUUAAAAAUCUUUGUUAAGCUUGGAACGGUAUAAAUUCUUGAUGUCCGAACUGUAAAUAAAAGCAACAUAUUGCUUGCUCAUAUUACGUUGGCCUGUGCGGAAAAUAUUUGUAGGAAACGCUGCAACAUCUAUUGCUGAUAUAAAAAUCUUUGUUAAGUUUGGAAUGAUUUAAAUUCUCGGUGCGCGAACUAUAAAAUAAAAGUAACAUAUUGCUUGCUCAUAUUACGUUGGCCUGUGCGGAAUCAAUUGUCGAUGAUAUAAUAGCAGUCACUUCCUUCUAAGUUGUAGUUUUGGUGUGGGGUUCAACGCUAUUGUCUGAGUCAGGCAGUAGUAAAAUGUCAUGUCCGACAAAACAUUUUGGUUAUUUUUUUUCAGUAGUAGUAGUUAACAAAGAACUAAGCAGUUGAAAUUAGUCUGGUGAACUAGUUUUUCUGAAAGACACCAUUAUGAAUGGAAAUAUGAAAUAAUAUAGCUUUGUGCUGUAGUUACUCAUUUUUAGAUACAAAAUUUACUAAUGCUAUAUGCUUAGGAUAGGUAAGUCUGCUGAAGGGCGUGUGUUUUAGUUGGCGGUUGGAUCACAGUAUUAUCUCACCAUAGGCGUGAGUUAUCUUUGAGGAGGAGUUGCUAUGAAACAACAUACUAUUAUAAGUUAUACAAUUUUAGUUGCAAUAAUUUAAGACAUUCUUAUACUAUAUUUUGUCGUACGUGUAUUUUGGACCGAUAGUUUCGUGCCUUUGAGGCGACAUUUAAUUCUUCGCUGAGAAUGCUAUGUAUGGGUUAUGUGGUGCAUAGUAAAGUUCGUAUAUGCUCACACCCAGCGUUAUAUCAACCAUACCCAGUUACUAUGUCAAAGUUUGACCGUGCGUGAAGACAAUUCUCAUUGCAUGUUGCUGAAUAUCUGAGAAAUCAUGGAAUUUCAAUUCCCAAAUAGAAAAUAAAGUACCGAUAGUAAAACCGACCCUCUCAACAAAAUAUUUGUGCAACAAAGAAAGAAUGUAGCUAGUAGGAUAGAUACCUCAUUAUUCAGGAGUAGUACUUUGAAGGCGGUUUACAAAGUUGGCACACAGUUUGCAAGUGAAAAGCUUUUAGUUAAAGAAAACAAGCAAGGCCAUCACCCAUCUAGAACCCUGUGACCGGCACCUUGUAGUCGAGGUCAGCUCGGCGGUAGUAGGAUGCCACGGGGCCAUCCGCCGUUUUGACCGUCGGGAAGAGACUGCGGAGCGCCGCGAUUUCCUCCACUGUGGACGAGGGAGGCUCCGCCAAGAUGGGUAUGUUCAUAUGGCUUGUGCUCCUUUUGGUCCUCAGAGCACGCCCUCCAUGCGUAGAUGUGAUCGUUGCAGUGAUCACGAUGAAGAGAAUCAAAAACAUUGUGAUCCGUGCCAUCGCUAUAAACCUGGAAAUUUUUGACCGAGUGUUUGCGUGACCCCGUGUGUGCGGUAAAUAUGGUCCCGUGCCUCCGUUGAGAAUGGAGGGCAUGGUUGCUUUUUAUGGUGGGAGUAAUAGUGCAACGGAUUUAAUUUCCGUAACUACGAUGUGGAUUAACUUCAAUAAUUAAUGUAGGAGGUAAACCAUAAAGUUAAUGCAAGAGAAGUUAAUCUGUGAACUUCUGGAAGGAACUAAUUGUACUGAAUGUAGGGUUGUCCGUUUUGUUUUCUCCCAUCCAAAGAUUUAGAGUUGGCGAGUUGCUGAAACGGCUGUUGCCUUCGUUUAUUUACGUAUGUCGGUAAUCUUAGGUAUUAAUUCGAUGCAAGUGCAUGUUGCAUGCGCUUAUGAAUCUAAGUUUUGCAUUUUGACCCUGUUUACCAACCUUUCAGUUUGUCUAUUUUGUUUUUUUGUGUAUAUUCUAGUGUCUUCUGUUGUUCAUUUAUAAUUUUGGCCGGGGCAAGUCGAGGCAUUGAAGAGUGACUCGAAUAGGCAGUUGUACAUUGAGGAAGAUGAAAGGAGAACUACACCGACCAUCUUCAUCUGUCAGCUAGUCGCGGAGAAAUUAUGUAUUACUAUGUCGCAAUGGUAUGUUUGCUGGACAAGUAUGCAACAGUGGAUAUGAUACGUUUCAGAUGUUCGUUGAUACUUCUGUAAUGUUGUACUAUGUCUGUUCCAUAAUAUAAGCCGUUUUGGCAAACUAAAAUUUUGACAAACUAUUUUAGUUUGCCAGAACGGCUUAUAUCUUGGGGCUUAUAUCUUGGAACAAAGUGAUACUAAAUCAUUUAUGUCUACUAUGUACAUCAAAAUAUCCACUUACUUGAGGUACUUUUAAGUUCUUAUUAUGGUCUGAUGCCAUGGUCA